AUGAAAAAAGCCCUAAUUAGAAAAACGGCCGCGUGGCAGCGACUCUGUGCCACAGGUGGUUAUUUAAGAAACCUACAGUACUUACGUCAGCGUGAGUCUUUCGACCGCAUCCUCCUGGAUGCCAAAAGNAGUGUUUAUCGUAGCCCAAGCGCAGACAUCGACGAAAAUGAGUUGCUGAUGGAUUUUCUCCGGCACACAACAACUCGGGCAAGUAGCGUUCUUGUUUUGGGGGAUUUCAAUGCUCCUGAGAUCGAAUGGGGGAUGGAGUAUGCGCCAGUGGGCAGCCUUGGGGAUGAGCUACUAGAGGUGACGCAUGAAUUGGCGCUAACCCAGCACGUCACCGACCCCACCCGAGGGCGACUGGGUGACUCUCCUAGCACCUUAGAUCUUAUGUUUACCAGAAUCAGGAAUGACAUCAGGAUCACUGCCAAAGGUGCAACGCUAUGCAGAAGUGACCACGCUAGUAUCCGGUGCCAAUACGGCUGUGCUCUUUCGCUUUCGCAAGUCAAAUUGAAGCGACGGUAUGGGCGCAUGGAGCCCGAAUGUCUCCAGGCUGCGGCUCGAACCCUGGUCUGGUCAGAAGCACACUAUGGGACUGUGGAUUCGUGA